GAACACAUUCGAUCAACGAGCAUGAUGAUGAAGCUGCCUCCCGGUGGAAGUUUCGCUGACGUGUUGGAGCUCCACGACGUGCUCUUGGCUACACGCUGUGCCUCGAGCGAGAUCUUUCAUGUUCGCCUGACGAGCAGUAGGUCGGACGCGUCGUCCGGAAAGAUGGUGCUCUGGCUUCACUCGAAGCGUGACGGCAGGACGUGGGAAUGCCAAGUUUCAAGCGUUUGCAACCAUGCCAAGGCCAGCAGCACCUGCGCCCCACAAGAGGUCAUCGCAGCGAUGAAGCAUGCACUGACGUGUGCCUCGCUCACGUCCCACGUCGAAGCGUCGAGCCACGACGUGGCGCGAGUGGAGGCGGUCAUGAGUGACGACGGAAGUCAGUUGAUCGUGCUAUUGGCACUGAAAACUCCUGUUCGUGUCGACGGCUACGUGUUUGACAUGAUGCCGUUUGCGCAAGAUGAAGCGAAUGGUCAAUUGCAGGACAUGCUGACGUCCUUACGAAGCUCGUGUCCGUUCGCGCGUCCCCUUUCGCCGAGGAACCCGCGACCCGCCUCGUCAACAUCAGCCACAUUUGUUCCCGCGAGAGUCAGCACGACCCAGGACAUCCGAUGGACAGCACAGGCCGCCCCUCAAGACAUGCCCCACGUGGUGCUGUCGGAUGAUGGAACGGCGUUAGUGAUUUUGAAGACUGGGCGGUUUGUCGUCCAAUGGAGCGGGCCUUGUGGUCCUGGACUCGCGCUGUUUGAGAACGACAAACGAGUGGCGUCGACGCGAAGCGGAGAUUUCCAGCACCUGUCGACAGUCGUCCAUGUUGAGCGAGGCGUGACCGUCCUUCGCGCGACAUCUAUUCGGCCGUUGCAAGGCGAAGGUCCCAGUCUGGUUGUGCAAGAAGUGUGA